GCAAAUGGCCUUAUUGUCCCCAGCAGAGGCCGUAGUGGUGGAGUGGCUAUGUUAUGGAUCAAGGAUGUAAACUUGAAUAUCAACAGCUAUUCAGGGAACCAUAUUGAUGCCAUUGUUAGGGAGAUUGAGGAAAACUUCCAAUGGAGGAUUACUGGCUUCUAUGGUCACCCCGAUACUCAUCGAAGGUCUGGCAGAUGGCUAGAAGUUCCAUUGAGGACUUCUCUGAUGCAGCAACCAUUGAUUUUUCUGCUCCAAGGCCGACUCUCGCUAGUUGCUGGUCCCCUCCGCCUCCUGGUGUAUUCAAGAUUAAUGUGGAUGGAGCCUCUUCAGACCUUGAUGGUACCUCUAGUAUUGGAGUCAUCAUCAGAGAUUUCAAUGGUGAAACAUUUGCUGCCCUCUGCAAACCUCUUCAGUCCCACUUCCCAGCGGAAUUAGUGGAAGUCCUUACUUUGGAGCACCUAAACCGAGCUUCUAAUUAUGCAACUCAUGAGCUUGCUCUCUUUGCCCGUAGGAAUGGAUCUCAUCAUUUGUGGAAAGGGGUUACUCCCUCCUUUUUAGAAUCAAUUGUACAAGCAGACUUACUGCUCUAA